AUGGCUUGUCAAACCAGAUUCGACCAAAUGUCUCCUUUCUUUUCUUCCCAGGUAGAAAAGGAAAAAGAACAAUUGCGUAUUAUGAUGGCAAAGAGGUUCAGGCCCGAUAGCAGUGAGAUGGCAGCUGAGCUGCGUACACUUGAUCAGACUCUCCCGCGACUAGCAGAUUUAAAAGCCAGGGGCGAGAAAGUAAAUAGUUUACACGAUGACCCACCCAGACUGCCGACGCCGUCUCAACAGAGAUCUGCGUCUAGAGAUACUCUCCGUCGUACUGAGCGAUCGACAAACCUGUGUGGAAUGCAUAACGGGCAGUCCGACCCUCGAUCAUAUGGAAGAAGCGCUGCAGAGCGUCUACCGCUAGGUAGACACUAUUCAGAAAACGACGUUCCGCAGGAAAUUAAGCGCUCAAGCUCCACGCAGCCAGCUCGCUCAAUGACCCCGCAACCCUCUCGGCCAAGAACUAUCCAGUCCACUCGGUCAAUGACUCCACAGCCAGUACCUACAAGUAAUCAUGUUCACCAUGGAUCCAACAGUCGGAAUCAUAGUCAACCACCUUAUGCUCGUGCUUCAGCUCAUACCGCUAUCGUUGCUCGUGGUGGCCAAGAUCGACGUCGUAGUCGACCAGCCCCUCCUCAGCGUUUGUACGAAGUACCUGACCCUCCGCAAACAUACGGUCUGAGUGUCCCUCCAGAACUCGAGUCAAACCCAUACUACCGACCCCAAGUUACGUGCCCGUCUGAUCGUGUCCCUCGGAGAGAGUGCUUUCCUCGAAUUGCCGAGGAAAAAAGAGGCAGAAAAAUGGAUGCAACUUUGUGGGCGAGUCACCAUGAGACAGUAUACCAUGACGAUUCUAACAUUCUUGAACGAGAAUAUGAUCCUGAGAGAGACGAGGACGCUGAAUCUGUGGGAUCAUUAGAUCAUUUCCAGCCGAGUGCACCGCCCAGAAUGAUCAAGGCCCAGAAUAGAGUAACAUGGAAUGGAUCAUUCAGCCGGUGA